GAUUGAGACGCACGGGAUAGACGGCUCGAACGCUUCAAAAGAUGUGCAAAAAUUUUUGUUAAAAGUGUGUGAGCUAUGUGGUGAUUUGUUUACAGUUUCGUGGACGGCAAAACGUCAAUCGUGCGCGAUUGGGUUCACGCGAACGGCAACGAUCGCGUUCGUAAAACCGUACGCGAAUCUAUUAUUCGGGCGAAAAGUACCGUACGUGCGCGCGGUGUCGUCAAGUCUCAUCAAUGAGUGGAUACCGUGCGAUUCGCAAAAUCGCUUGAAACGGCAUGCCCGUGACUACGUGCACGCAUUUUCACGCACCCGCCGAUGUAUCUCUUCGUCCGCGACACGCAAAACCCGUCGAAGUCUCGUUCACGAUGAAUUUCAAAGCGUGAAAUGCGGGAAACGUGAUUGUCGUGAUAUUUGUUCCACAAUAAUUCGGCGCGCCAUUUAAACGCGCUCUGCUCCUUCACCGUUUUCUGAUGCGAAUAUUCACUGAACGUUUUUGACACGCGUGAACUCUUACUUUUGUGACACGUUGCACGAGUGUUCGCGCUUUUACAAACGAGGAAUUUUUUCGAUUCCCCGAUAAUUAUGUAACUAGUUGCGACUUCGAUAUGUUGAUGAUGAAUACUAUGUCCACUAGAAUGGAAGAAGAAAUAGUAGUUGAUGACAUAGAUGAAACCAGUACUGCGGAUUGUACGCAGCAGGCGGAUGAAACAGCACCAGUAAUGCCUUUACUAUACAUUCAGCAAAAUAAAGUCCAUACAACACAGUCAGGCAAUCCGAAACAAACUCUUGUUUCACCUAAUACCCAACUUGCCAUUAUUAAUCCAGUUAAUAAUCAGAUUGUAAGUGGACAAAAUAAAGUCUUUAUACAAGGAACAGGGCAGGGAACUACUGCACAAAAUAAACAGCAUAUUGUCAUUCAUCGACCAAUAAAUACUGUGAACACUGCUGUGACUGCACAGACUCAAAAACACAUACUAUUUCGAAAAUCGAAUACAUCUACUGCUCAGAUAGUGCCCUUGAACUCAAAUCAGGGAAAUCAAGUGAAUGCAUCAGGAAAACAUACAAUUGCGUAUGUGGGUACCUUUCUCAAAUCUAACAAAUCACGGGAGUCUGUCGUCAUACCUGCAGGAGCUCUGACGACGACGCAAAUAAAUAAGCCAAAAUUUGUAAUCGCCCCAGUAAUAUCUCAGCUAGCUCAAACAUCGACGAGUACUACAAGUGGCUCUCAGAGCCAAUCAACUAAACACAUGACGAAUUUAUUGUUGCCAGUAAACAUUCCCCAGCAGAGUGGCAAUGCAAAAUCUGGGAUGUAUAACUUAAAAAUUAAUAACGGUCAAAUUAAUACAGAAAGCAAAGGAACUAUAACAGUGUUACGUGAAUCGAAAACAACAAAUUCAGCAACACAUCCUCCGCCGUUGCACCCAAUAGCGAAAAUGAGUCUAUUAAAUGCAAAUAAAAGCAAUUCCAAUUCUAUAGAUAGUAUAAAAAUUACUGAAAAUCCAGACUCGGCUGUUAUUACGCCUAUUCCAAAAAAGGAAGACAUUCAGCCGGAGAAACGCAAAAAGAUGAUUAGUAAUAUAUUGCGAAAUUCUACCGAGAAACGAAUGAGAAAGCAAACGAUGCCAAAAUCACCUCAGGACAGUCUGAACGACGCCAAUUAUGCAUUAAAUAGUCCGGAUUGUGAUCAAGAUAAAGAUAAAAAAGUUCCAAAUGAUGACGAUAUUACAUUGAUCAAAGUUGUAGCUAGCGAAGAUAAAACACCGAGUCUUAACGCGAACGUGGAUGAUGAUAUAAAAAUAGAAAUAAUCAAAACUCCCACGAAUGUCGAAAUGUCAGACAAUAAGAAUGAAACGAAGAGUAAUAAUUGCGACGAGACGAAAGAACAGUUGAAUCAGAAUAGUAAUAAUUUCGAUGCGACUAAAGUUUUAGAUUGGAAGGAUGGUGUUGGAACUUUACCUGGAAGUACUUUACAGUUCCGCAUGAAUGAAUUCGGCAUCAUGGAAGUGGUCGAUGAAGACGAGAACAAUAAACAGAACAAGGAUGGUAUUGGUGACAAAGAAAAUAUGUGUUUGUCGCAAAAUUCUUCGAAAACCAAUCCGGGAACCGUCAAUAAUGCUAAUGUGGAUAAAAAAGCUGAUGACAGAAAACCUAGGCCAGUUGAGUCGGACACGUUGUAUCAUUGUGAAGGUUGCGGAUGUUACGGUAUGGCCGUUGAAUUCGAGAGUCCGAUAUCCUGUAGCCCCUCUUGUACCGAAAUCAUCGAGUCUAGAAAGCAAUCUAUAACUCGAAAGGAGAAGGAAUUGAAAGAGGUACGCAAAAAGAAACGAAAAAGAUUAUUAGAGCCACAAUGGUCGAAAGAAAUAGAUGAGAAGUCUGACGAUAAGACGCAAGAUAAGGCAAAGUCGGAGACAGACGAAGAAAAAGAUACAAUGGCAAGUAUAGUAGACGAGGAGAGUCAAGGAGAUUCAUCGGAAUCAAAGUAUCCUUGGCAAAAAGGAAAACAGGGUUUCUCAUGGCCGAAGUAUCUCGAUCAUUGUAAGGCGAAAGCGGCGCCUGUAAAAUUGUUUAAAGAUCCUUUCCCUUAUAUUAAAAAUCAAUUUCGAGUGGGAAUGAAAUUAGAAGGUAUAGAUCCAGAACAUCCUUCUCAUUAUUGUGUUUUAACCAUCGUCGAGGUUGUAGGUUAUCGAAUGCGUCUACGCUUUGAUGGUUAUCCGGAAAAUUACGAUUUCUGGGUAAAUGCAGACAGCUUGAAUAUAUUCCCUGCUGGUUGGGCCGAAAAGAAUGGAAAAAAACUGGAUCCGCCAAGAGGUUACACGUCUGGCAGUUUUAACUGGAAUGCCUAUUUAAAGUUGAGCAAGGCGUCUGCGGCAGCGAAAAAUAUAUUUCCGAAUAAAAGCAUACUUCAAACUGUUUUUCCUACUUGCUUUCGAGUUGGUAUGAAGCUCGAGGCGAUAGAUCGGAAACAUUCGUCGCAACUUUGUGUUGCCAGUAUAGCAGGUUUAAUGGACUCGCGUAUAUUAGUUCAUUUUGAUUCUUGGGAUGAAGUGUAUGAUUAUUGGGCUGAUGCCAGUUCGCCAUACAUUCAUCCUGUAGGAUGGUCUCAUCACAAUGGAGUUCUUUUGAUGCCACCAAAUAAUUACAAGGAUUCUAAAUCUUUCACAUGGGACGCGUAUCUCAGAGAGACUGGUUCAGUGGCCGCACCAUCUAGAGCGUUUAAGCAACGACCACCUUGUGCGUUCAAACGCGGUAUGAAACUGGAGGCCGUGGACAAACGAGUACCACAGUUAAUCAGAGUGGCAACAGUCGAGGAUGUGAAAAAUCACUUGUUGAAGAUAAGAUUCGACGGUUGGCCCGACUGUUAUUCUUACUGGGUUGAUGAUGAUUCUUCCGACAUUCAUCCUGCAGGCUGGUGUACAAAAACUGGUCACCCGUUAGAACCACCACUUACUCCUGAGAAUCUGAACGAUCGACCGGAAUGUGGCACGUAUGGCUGUCGAGGUAUAGGAAAUGUAAAGGGACCUAAGUACGCGACACAUAAUUCAGCGUCCGGAUGCCCUUAUUCACCUCAGAACUUGAAUAAAACUGGACAGAUGCCUUAUAGACUUAGUCUGGCAAAAUAUGAAGCAUACGACUUCGAAGACGAAAUAUCAAACAAAUUAGAAAAGACUGACAAAAAAGUGGACAAAAAUAGCAAAUCUUUGUUCUCAGAUGACAGAGUAGUAAUAAAUGAAAAAGAGAUUAAACAAGAAGAUGGAGGAGAUUUGUCCGAUAAGAACGACAGAUCCGAAAAUAGAUCGGAACAUUCAGAGAAAUCCAGCAAAUCAAAGAAUAGUGACGGACAAACUGACGAUGACGACGUUUUGAGAAAACGGAAGAAAAGACGCAUGAACUCGGACGAGCCUUUAUAUUCUGUCUCUAACACCUCGUAUGGUGAAAAUCUAAGCUGGAAUCCUGUUCAGUACGCCGCUAACAUACCAGACAAGCAAUUGCGUAAAGAACUAUAUCAGUCUGUAUAUAAUCCUGGAUAUGAUCCAUCGCCGAACGCGCCACAUGUAUGGGCGAAACAUAGUAACGCAUUAAACAGAGUGGUAGUGAGACAGACCACGAAUCCACGACGAUGGUCUAAUGAAGAAGUAAUUAAAUUUGUACAAAGUCUGCCUAACUGUCUAGAGACAGGAAAUAUUUUUAGGCAAAAUAACAUCGACGGCGAGGCGUUUUUAAUGUUAACACAAGAAGAUCUGGUGUCGGUAUUGCGUCUACGGCUUGGACCUGCGAUUAAGUUGUAUAAUAGUAUAGUUUUAUUACGUCAAAAAGCAUCAUAAUGUUGCACAAUUGCUACACGCAAGAAAAAAAAACCAUAUACCAAUGACUGGCGAAUCGAAUAAUAUGGCAGCUAGAUGUAUAACGAUUUCGCCUAUUUAUUUACAAUAAUUAUUAUUAGGAAUAUAUUUUUCACCAGAAAAUUCAGUGAGACAGAAGAGAAAGGUGAACAAUUGUUCGUAAAUAUAUCAAGUUGAAAAUGAUAUGUCUAAACCACCGUAACACCUUGUCUUUUAAAUUGACAUCAGAAAGAAGCAUAGUAAAAGUGAAAAAAAAAAAACAAAAAAAAAA